AUGGAGGAUAACGAAUUUAAAUAUACGCCACUGGAAUCAGCUUCCCCAGAAAUCAGAAUACUGUCUGUAACAAGGUCUAGUGCGAUUGAACUAGAGUGUCAUCUUGAGCAUACUUCUCUGGAGGACGAUUCAACUUACGAAGCUCUUUCUUACACCUGGGGAGACCGCUCUGACAUGUUAUCGAUCAAGCUCAACAAUCGCCAUUUCAAAGUUGGAAGAAAUCUUGCAAGAGCUCUUGAACAUUUAUGCGAAGGAGGAAGAACCCUCAAAAUCUGGGUUGACGCGGUCUGCAUAAACCAGCAAGACGAAGCAGAGAAAAGCGUGCAAGUGAGUCAAAUGAAGAAAAUUUACGAGAAGGCGCAAAAAAUCGUCAUUUGGCUAGGACCAGAAUCCGACGAUAGCAGCUACGCGAUAAAUGUUAUGAAUAGCGUCGAUCGACAUUGGGCAACGCGAACCUCCCAGCUGGCGACACAUAGCAUGCCAGUACCAGCUAUUAAUGAAAGAGCUCUCCAAGCGAUAAUCCGGCUUCUCUGUCGCCCCUGGUGGCGCCGUGUAUGGAUCAUCCAAGAAGCCACUUGUGCUAGUGACACCUACUUAAGGUGUGGCAAAGAUCAGACAGAGUUCUGGAGAGUCGUGGCAGUGGUAAAAUUUAUAACGCAAUACACAAUCCAACAUAUCUUCAAACAAGAUUUCAAGCACCUGGACAUUGCACAUUUCCUCAGAGUCAUUGCUCUAGAUCAGCUCAAGCUCACCGGGAGACGUUCAGGACAUGGAUCGAAUCUUCUCGUGCUCCUCGAUAACGCGCGAACGUGUGAAGCAUCAGACCCGAGAGACAAGAUUUUUGCAUUAUCAGGCUUGGCGGUCGAUGCUCACAGAGAGGCUGGGGAACCGGACUACACCAAACCAAUUGACGAAGUAUACAUGAAAUUCACGUAUGCCCUGAUCACAUCGGAGCGGACUUUAGAUGUACUUGGUCACUGUCAGGCAGCUGCACGAACACCACAAUCUUGGUCUAACUUCGACUUCCUUCCUUCAUCUUUUCACCCCAAGUGCACUCUACCCUCCUGGACCGCCGACUGGACGUUGGGGCUGGAAGCUACACCGUUGAUGAAGAAUACAAUACCCUACGAGGCUCUCUCCAAUAAGGUAUACAAAGCAAGUGAUAAUUAUGCUCCGUCGGUCAAGCUUGCUGAUGGCCUGCGAACCUUGUUUGUACGAGGUGUGGUAGUCGAUACAGUCUUAAAGCUCGGUGAAGCGUUUGACCUUCCAUUCAACCCAUCGAUAUUAGGCAAGUGGCAUUCCUGGGCUGAAACAGAGCUUGGGAAAGUAUAUCACCGAAACGAGACUACGCAUGAAGCUUUCCUCCGCACGCUUGUUGCUGACACACGUGUAGAAAGGGGCCGAUGUCUGCGUGAUUCUGCUGCACCUUGGCCUGUUCAAAACAAGCAAGACGGCAAGGAAUCUUUUAUUUCCAGUAGCCUUAUCAAUCAUGCGGUCAAUUCUAGAGGGUUCUUUCUCUCGGGACAAGGCUAUAUGGGGUUGGCUCGUUACGAUGUGAUGAAAGGGGACAAAAUUUGUAUACUUCAUGGUGGACAAAUUCCCUUUAUCUUACGACAAGACGGGAGAUAUCACUUGUUCAAGGGAGAAUGUUAUGUUCAUGGGUUAAUGGACGGAGAAGGCAUGAGACACCCAUGGGUUUGGCAAGACUUUGCCCUGCGUUGA